AUGGCGGAAGUGGCUGUAGUAAACAAAGAAGCUGAAACCAUCAUCGAGUACGAGACAGCAAAAGAACUAGGGAUCAUAAAAAUAGUCUUGCAAGUCAAGGAACAGCCAGCACAGGAACCACAGCAGAAGUUCCCUGAGCGAAUACCACUCCACCUACGACAGGCAGUCGAACGCAAGAUAAAUCAACUUGAGGAAGGUGACAUAAUCGAAAAGGUGUCAGGACCUACGCCUUGGGGGUCCCCGUUGGUGAUAUUGCCAAAACCGGGAGCUGACGACAUCAGGUUGUGCAUAGAUAUGAGAGAGCCCAACAAGGCCAUAAAGCGUGAAAGACACGUGAUGCCAACCGUAGAUGAUAUCAUUAGUGUUGUGAGCGGAGCAAAGGUAUUUUCAAAAAUGAACCUGCGAGACGGGUACCAUCAACUGGAGCUAGCUGAAGAAUCCAGAGGAAUAACUACUUUUCCCGCCCACUGUGGACUGUUCCGCUAUAAGAGACUAAACUUUGGCAUCUCAUCAGCAGCCGAGGUAUUCCAGGAAGUGAUCCGCCAGAUCACAAAUGGAGUAAAAGGUGUCAUAAAUGGCUUUGUCCAGGUUGGGCCACCCAUCCAGCUGAAAAGGAAUUGGAAGAAAGUGGAAGAAGCUGGAUGGGUGGCCCAACCUGGACAAAGCCACUCCCCCAAGGACGAUGACAUCACACUUGAACCUCACAAGUCAACAUUCUCGAACGUGACCCAUUGA